AUGACGUCAGCGAGUGCUGGAUUAUUGGAAGAAUGGAUGAAGAAGGUGGCGCAGACGACGCUGGGACCGAAUGGUAGCGCGGGAACUACCAUAACGGGUGGUCAAAUUAUGACGGAGUUGAAGAAUGAUUUGGAGAAAGCAUGGGAAAAAUUGCAAGCGUCCUUGACGCAGGCCGAGGCGAAGGAAAUGACGACCCUCUGUGGAGCGGAUGUAGCACAGUUUGUAGAAAGGAAAUUCGGGGGGGGGAAGAAUUUAGGGAGGAAUGAACACGUGAAAGAUUUAUGCAAAGCAGUAGUCGAAUUAAGAUAUUUUACAGCUGGAGGGGGGACGAUAGUGAACAGGGGUCUAAAUUUUGAUACAGGCAUUAAAGAACAUGAAUGGUAUCCACGUUGUAUUGUUGGCGCCGUUGCCUUGUCCGCAAUUUAUGGAGAUCACUGUCAUUUAAAAGAUGUGAUUGACCACAUAUCGCGCAACGUGGAGAAUAAGUUGCAGGGACACCCGCAGGCACGCGCAAACCUUAAUAUGUGUAAGGACAUUAAAACUGAACAUUUAAUCUUCGGUAGAGCACUUCUCCAUAAAAGAAUUAAGGAAUGGGCACAGGGAAAAAGGAAUGACGCGAUGAGUGGGGAUGACCAUAAAUAUGAGGCGUCCGGAUACAGGGUAGGGAAAUUGUGGAGGGAUAAGUGGCAGAAGGUCUGUAAAAAAACAGGAGGGAAUCAGGAUGAGGAGCAAGCGAAGAAAGAAUAUUUAAAAGAAAAUGCAGACAGUUUAGCAUCUCUCGUUAAAGUGGGUCCUCCGGAUGCAGUCUCCAACUCCACUCCUGGCGAACCAACCAUGGGACAAGUAUUAACCAACGACAGCUACAUGAUGCCAGAGGAAAAAUUAACUGAAGCUCUUCAGGCGUUAGUGGACAAUAGUACUGGGGGCGUUACUGUGGACUCCUCAAAACUGUCGACACUAAUGCAGACCCUAGAGACAUUCUCGAAGGAAACUAAAGCUGUUGCAUGUAUCCAGAACUACAAGAAUCAAGAUGACAAAAUGUGUGAUCGCUUACAAUGUAUUGUUAACUACUUAAAGACAAGAGAUGAAGCAACACCGGCAGCAUCACCCUCACCAACGGAGAACUUCUGGAAAGACAGUGGCGGCGAAGUCGCCAACUUAUGGAAAGAAUUGGCAGAUAAAAUGAAGGAGAACAAAGGAACAGGGGAGAGCGAAUGUGAUGGAAUGCAAAAUCCGUCUGAUAAGGCGGCAUGCAAUUAUUUGCAUGCCGGCUUUACCGAACUGUACAACCCGGCGGCGGGGACGUCGUCGUCGGCGACGUCGCCGACAGGCGGCACCAUCUUAUCUAAGGACAACCCAUCGUUUAGACAAACGAUGGGCUGUUUUUUACUUCACGCUUAUGCAAAACACAUGAAAGAAAAAGCAACUUGUCUUAUUGACGAUGGCAUACAAAAGGCAUUUCAACUGGGAGAGAAGAUGAGUGAAAGUAAUACUAAUUGUACUGGUAAUGGGAAGACUUGCAUUCCAUGCAAAUGGAAAGAAAAUGACAAGGAAUGGGAAGACUGCCCAAUUACCGCAAGUGGAGGUAAUGCCUCAGGGGGGACUGUAAAGGACAAAUUGGGGACCAUCAUCGAUAAGGACAACGACCCCCACAUUAAGGAAAUGGCAAAGCAAGUAAAUAAAGUAGACAGUUUAUGUGACCAAUUCAAAUGUGUAGCUAAUAGAUGGAUCAAGCAGGACGGUAACAGUCGUAAUUGGAGUGAUGUAUGGGACGAAGUCACAGAUCAGCUGAAGGAUCUCUCGGGGAAGAUAGAAGAAAAAAAAAAGGACAAGGAGGUCUACAAACACUGCAGCACUCUAAACGAUAAAACUGGGAAGGAGGCUUGCCUCCUUAUGGCAGCAGGAUUAAAGGAUCUUUACGACAUCAGGGACAACGACAAUGCCGAUGGCAAAGACGACCUUGUUGAAGCAUCGUUCCAAAGAACGAUGUAUUGCGCUUUAUUAAACGCUAUUGCAGACAGACUGCUUACAUUGCCUUGUAAGGAUGAGAAGAGUGUUCAGGCAGGGAUAAAUGAAGCUUUUAACAGGAAGAAUGAUGAAAUUAUGCAGGGAAGUAAAGGUUGCAAGACAGAUAAUGCUUCGUGUUUUAAGUGUGAUAGGUUUAACGAUUAUAGAACUUGCGAAUUUAAAGAAAAUGACAGCAACCAAGUACUUUUACAUACCAAAAUUGACUCAAAGUUGAAUGAAUAUGAUAGUACUACUGCUACUAGUACUAGUACUGGUAGUACUACUACUACUACUACUACUACUACUAGUCCCUUAUCGAAGAAAUCUCUAAUUACGACCAUAUACAGUUUAUGUGACCAAUUCAAAUGUGUAGCUAAUAGAUGGAUCAAGCAGGACGGUAACAGUCGUAAUUGGAGUGAUGUAUGGGACGAAGUCACAGAUCAGCUGAAGGAUCUCUCGGGGAAGAUAGAAGAAAAAAAAAAGGACAAGGAGGUCUACAAACACUGCAGCACUCUAAACGAUAAAACUGGGAAGGAGGCUUGCCUCCUUAUGGCAGCAGGAUUAAAGGAUCUUUACGACAUCAGGGACAACGACAAUGCCGAUGGCAAAGACGACCUUGUUGAAGCAUCGUUCCAAAGAACGAUGUAUUGCGCUUUAUUAAACGCUAUUGCAGACAGACUGCUUACAUUGCCUUGUAAGGAUGAGAAGAGUGUUCAGGCAGGGAUAAAUGAAGCUUUUAACAGGAAGAAUGAUGAAAUUAUGCAGGGAAGUAAAGGUUGCAAGACAGAUAAUGCUUCGUGUUUUAAGUGUGAUAGGUUUAACGAUUAUAGAACUUGCGAAUUUAAAGAAAAUGACAGCAACCAAGUACUUUUACAUACCAAAAUUGACUCAAAGUUGAAUGAAUAUGAUAGUACUACUGCUACUAGUACUAGUACUGGUAGUACUACUACUACUACUACUACUACUACUAGUCCCUUAUCGAAGAAAUCUCUAAUUACGACCAUAUGGAUGUCUAAGAAGAACGAUGAUUUAACGCUUAACCAAUACUGCAAGGACGUCGGUUCGAAGUCAAACGACACACCAGGAGAAAUAACUGCAAAGCAAAAAGCUUGUAAGCUUUUUGCUUCAGGUUUAAAACACAUUUCUGAUAUUAAAAGCGACAACAACCAAGCUCAUGAUGUACCCCUUAGAAAAACUAUGAUGUGCGCAGCACUUAAUCUUUAUGCUGAUCAAUUAACAAACGAAGCAAAAAAUCAAUGUCCCUUAGAUAAUGAAAAAUUGAAUGACGCAAUACAACACGCUUUUGAUAAUAGUACAACCAUUAUGAAUGGAGGAACUUCAUGCUCAGCUGGUAGUGGUACUAGUUCUUGUUUUAUUUGCGAAAGACAAAAAACUUUUCCCCCUUGCAAAAUUGGCUCUGACGAAAUAAAGAAGAAAAUGACCGACCUCCUCGACAACGAAGACAAAUCCAACACCGCAUCCAACAACAACCAGGAAAAAACACUAGAGAAAAUAAAUGAAAUCGAAACUUUCUGUACUCAAGUCCAAUGUGCAAUCAAACAACACUACCGAGCCAAAAAUGGAAGAACAAUUGCAAAUGGAAAAACACCAUCUUGGGAAAACAUCAAAAGUGACGCCACGAAGGAAUUAACUGCACUUUUAAAAGAUAUGAACGACCCUACAAAGCAGUCGGCUGCUGAACAGUACUGCAGUGACAAAGACGCUAAAUGGGAUGCUUUAGGCCAUAAAAAAAGCAAAACAAAUAAAGCAGCUUGUUUGCUUUUUGCUGCAGGAUUAAAGCACAUUUAUACCUAUGGUAAUGACCAAAAGAAGGGCCCAUCGUUUGAACAAACGAUGGGUUGCUUAUUUCUUAAAGAGUAUGCAAAACAAUUGGAAAAAAUGGCAAAUAAGAAGAAAAAGGGAAAUAGUUGGGUACAUCCCUAUUGUGACAUAGAUAAAGGCAUAAAACAUGCUUUUGGUAAAAGUGAAAAAAUUAUGGAAGAAACAUCUCAAUGCAAAAAAAAUGGUAAUAAUUCUUGUUUUGUGUGCAUACAAAACCAAGGUUAUGAUGAUUGCAACAUUGGCACUGACAGUGUAAAGGACAAUGUGGGAACAAUCUUCCAAGACGACCAGAAGCAAAAACAUAUGCAACAAACCUUAGAGAAUACAGUCUGUCCCAUCCUUCUUACGGAUCUCCUUACCCCUUUUCUUCCUUUGGCUCCUGUCUCUAUUGGUCUUUCUGCUAUGGCUUAUUACCUUUGGAAGUAUUUUGGUCCCCUUGGUAAAGAAGGAGCACGUUUCCGAAGAUCUCCUGUUGAAAUUCCUGGUCCAUCAGUACAAGAACAAGUCCUCGAUCAUGUGGAAGAAGCUGGUCCACAUGAAUAUCGAUUGGUGAAGGAACGAAAACCUCGUUCUGCUCCAACGAGAACGAAACGUUCUGGUCCCGUGAAUCGUCGCACGAUUAUUGAAAUUCAUUUUGAAGUGUUGGAUGAAUGUCAAAAAGGGGACACACAAUUGAACCAGAAGGAUUUUCUGGAACUUUUGGUUCAAGAGUUCAUGGGAUCCGAAUUAAUGGAAGAAGAACAGGUUCCUAAGGAAGACGUUCUUAUGGAAGCAGUUCCAAUGGAACGUGUUCCAAAUUUAGGUUCCGGGUUUAUGGUUUAG